CAGGGUGAAGGGAGUUCCGUGAAACCCAGCGAAUGGUUGCUGGGCUGGGUGAGUGGUGCUCAGUGAAAAAGGGAACGAAGUUCCAGGAGCGUGUAGCCAGGAUGUCUGAUAGCUCGGAUCACUUGUCCUCGCCCAGCAGCGAAUGCAACAACCAGAUGGGCUCUGUGCACCGUGGUAUCGUCGGAUCCUCGGUUGGGAGUUCUUCCUACAACGGGUCAUCAGCGAUGACCGGAUUGCCCCUUCAUCACCAUCCCCAUCCUCAUCCGCAGACCAUGACGCCGACGAAUGGCAGUCCUCAGUAUCCCCAGGAAUUAUUGUCUUGCGGUGCUUCCAGUAACGUAAACGGAUCCGCUACUGGACUCGCCGUUCCUAGUAACGCGAACAAUUUCAGUCCCGAACAGAUAUCUUGUAUGUGCGAAGCCCUCUCGCAGAGCCACGACAUCGAUAGCCUGACAAGGUUUCUGUGGUCUCUACCACCUGGUGAGCUUCUCCGAGGUGGUGAAAGUGUGCUGAUGGCUCGAGCAGCGGUUGCGUUUCACAGAGGCGCCUACCACGAGCUCUACUCGAUCCUGGAAGGACAUCCCUUCUCGCCACGACGGCAUCCUGAGCUCCAGCAGAUGUGGUUCAAGGCCCAUUACCACGAGGCCGAGAAGAUUCGGGGACGCUCUCUCGGCGCAGUCGACAAGUAUCGUCUCAGGAAAAAGUAUCCUUUGCCAAAGACGAUUUGGGACGGUGAGGAGACCGUCUAUUGCUUCAAGGAGCGCUCGAGGAACGCCCUGAAAGCCUGCUACCUCAGAAACCGCUAUCCGACGCCCGACGAGAAGAAGAACCUCGCGAAAAAAACCGGACUCACUCUCACCCAGGUCUCCAAUUGGUUCAAAAAUCGUCGACAGAGGGAUCGCACGCCGCAGGCCAGAACAGACAUGUUGCCGCUGAACUGCCAGAGUGCCCCGCCAAACGGAGUUCAAUCGGUGAACGGGUCAGUGUCUUCGAAUGGCGGAGGGAAUCACCAGGCACUCCAGCCCCUGGACUCGGGCAGUCCGAGUCUUGCGAUGUCGCCGCUCUCUACAAUGGGCAUGUCACCGGCGGCCCUGAACCCGUGUAGUCCUAUGGGCAUGAGUCCCAUGGGGCCUCAUCAUCACGGGUACGCGGCCCCAGUCACGCCUUCCUCGGUCCACAACGGUGGCCUGAGUCCCAUAAAUGACGUCAAGUCUCUUUGCUACGGCCGGAGUCUCUACGAUACGGGCAAGGAUUUGGAGCAAAGCUCGGUGUACUACUCGAGCCACUCCAGCAUGCAUCAUCAGUACUACCAUCAGCCGUCCCACCACCAUCAGAUGAUGGCCGGACCCCAUCACCAUCAGCAGUCGAUGCCGACCGGUUACGAGAUCAUGUUACCACCGCCCCAGCACUCUAUGUGACCCAUGGAGGAGCACGAUCACGAUCAGGAAAACGGGGAAGAGGAUCAAACAACGGACGACGACGUUCUCGCAAGAAUCCAAGCCUUCGCUUGAAUCGCGGGUGUUGUGUUUACCAGGGAAUCCAAAGACUAAUUUGGGGUGUGAAAAUUGUCAUUGCGCGUCAGAGAAGAGAACAGAGGAAAAACCCCGCACGUUUGGUUUUCGCGCGAGUGACAAGCAUGGCCGCUGCUCUUAUAAAUACACACACGCGUACAUUUCCUGCAUUCGGUUCUUUGGAGGUGACGCGAUGCGUGUUACCUGAUCAUGUAAAGAAAGGAGUCCGAAGGACCAAUGAGGACCAUAGAACUCGCGUUGCCCAACUGGAGAGAAUGGGAGGGCCUCAGGAAACAGGUUUCAAGAAUCCAUUAUAUCCGUUCGUGUUGGAGCUCCUCUUGAGCCAGCGUCUGCGAAUGGCAGCUGCCUUUCCUUCCAGUGUGUCGUGUUGCGCACCUUUUGCAAAUGGUGCAAGGGAAAUAAAAGUAUGAAUCAAGAACGGGAAAUGAGGGAAAAACGUGGGCGGAAUAAUGUAUGUACCAUUUUUGGUUACCGUGUG